AAUUGAGGCAAGAGCCCUUGUUAGCUAUCCUCUUGUCAUUCCAUGGCGACCCUGGUCAUGGAAGCACUACAAACCACCGCCGCCGUCAAAAUUCACCCUACCGUAACCUCGACAUUUUCAGUUAAUCCUCGACUAUCUUAUGCAGGCAAGGCUACGACCCACACCCUCCAAUUUCCCCUUAGUUGCUCAUCUUCUUCUGUAUUAAGAACGGUAAGAGCAGAGGCCGGUUCAAUUUCGGCUCCGUUGGCCGCUCCUUUUGGUGAAAACAAUGUUGAUUAUGGUAAUCGGCAUUGGAUGGUGCUCCUGGAGGCCCCUCCUCGCGAACUCGCUGAUAAACCCCGAAUUAUCGAUUUCUAUGUGAGCAAACUACAGAGUGUUAUGGAAAGUGAGAAGGAUGCUCAAAUGUGUAUCUAUGACGUGUCCUGUGACUCCCAUUUUGGUUUCUGCUGUGACAUUGAUGAAGAAACCGCACAUGAACUAGCAAGUGUUCCGGGGAUAAAAUUAGUUAGGCCAGACCCUCACUAUGAUUCUGAACAGAAAGAUUACAGUUUUUCGAAGAUGGAAUUUAAUAUUGAAUCCACUUCAUAUGAGAGUACAUUGUUGUUUCCUUCUGGAACUGCUAAACAUUGGACUGUUCGGUUGGAGAGGCCUGCGAUUGGAGGCAUCAGGAGAGCUCAGUUGGUUGAUUAUUACGUCCAAGUUCUAACACGGGUUUUGAGGAAUGAGAGGGAUGCUCAAAUGUGUAUAUACCAUGUCUCCUGGCAAUCCAACUAUGGUUUUUGUUGUGAACUGGAUGAUGAUUGUGCCCGGGAGUUAACUGCUGUGCCUGGGGUUCUGUCAGUCAAACCAGACGAAAAUUUUGGAUCAGAUGAUAAAGAUUAUGGAGGUGAAAAUACUAGAGCCUCUGAAGAUUCCUCUUCAUUAAGCAAUAUCAAAACGAAAAAGCUCUUCGUGACAGGUCUAUCCUUCUAUACAUCUGAGAAAACACUGCGAGCGGCAUUUGAAGGCUUUGGCGAACUCGUGGAAGUUAAAGUCAUAAUGGACAAGAUUUCAAAGAGGUCUAAAGGCUACGCAUUUGUGGAGUACACGACUGAAGAAGCCGCAGGCACUGCCCUCAGAGAAAUGAAUGGACAGAUUAUCAACGGCUGGAUGAUCACAGUCGAUGUUGCCAAGAAAACAUCCCCCAACUAUACCAGGGGCCAGCCCCGGGCUACACAGUGAGGCGCCGGUGCCACACUGUCUUUGUAUCAUCAAACAUCCGGAAAGUUGUCCUCAGCAAAACAGCUGAAAACAUAAUGGUAACUGUCGAAUGAUUAUUAUUAUUGUUGUUUUAUGUUUGGAAACUGAAGUGAAGAGCAAUGAUCGAUCUCAAUUAGUUCAAUCAAUAACUAAGGAUUGGUUGAAGGCUAGCUUAGCUUAGCUUAGCUUAGCUAGAUUGUAUUGUGCAAGUAGUCUAAUGAAUGAAUAUCCAAAUUCUUUUGACCUA